UUGGCGCCGUUCAGUUAUUGAGUGGCUGCCGACCAGUGUGGUCGCAAGUUUUAUUCGGUGUGAGAGCGUGAACGUGCUGCCCCCCUUUAAAUUUCCCUGGUGUGUUUCUUAAACGGUGUGAGCUGAUAAUCGAGUGUUUUGUCUUAAUUGAGAGAGAGAGAAAGAAAAAUUUGAUAACCAAAAUGGCCGAGAUGACGUCGAUCAAAAUGUCGAAAUUCGACAACCAACCGUGGGGCUUCCGACUACAAGGCGGUAUCGACUUCUGCGCUCCUUUGACCGUUCAAAAAGUGAAUGGUGGCAGUUUGGCCGAAAAGGCUGGGCUUCGCGUUGGAGAUGCGCUGAUCCGAGUCAACACGACGGACAUUUUCCAACUGCGUCAUAAAGAGGCCCAGGAUGCCGUGGCCAGGGCCGGCAAUAAUUUCGAACUCGUCGUCAGCAGGGGUGGAGGAAUGCCCAAAACGGCUGUCAAACCCAGCGAUGUCAUCGACAACAUCCUACCGGUUCAAGCGCCACCAGCUCCAGUCCAGCAGCCGUUGAUUCACAAGUCGUUGAAUUUAACGGCCAAACCUUUCGUCCGUUCCACCCACACGAUGGCGACUUCGGUGUCGUUCAUCGAGAAGAAAACGCCGAAAGAAACGGAAUGCAACAAUAACAACAACAAUAACAACUACCUGACGUCGCCUCCUUCUCAGUCGGACACGGACUACUCGUCAAUGUUCUCCUCUAACCCUUCGUCUCUGUCGUCGUCCAACAAUAGUCUAAACAAUAAAUGUAUCACGCCGGACGAAACGAGCCGGGCCAAAGAAUUGAUUUCUCAGCGUCUGUCGGUUAUGCGCAUUCAUCCGGCGUCGUCGUCGUCGCCACCUGUUCGAUCCGCUAACAGCUCACCUCUAGUCAACACACCUGCAUCCCCGUCAUCACUAACCUUUAACAAGUCCAACAAUAAAACCGACGGCAGUGGUGUCAAGAUGGUCAACCGCCAAUUCAACUCUCCGAUGGGACUCUACUCUGAAGAAUCGAUUGCUGAAACGCUUUCGUCUCAAGCCGAAGUCCUUUCCCAAGGAGUCCUGGGGGUGAAUUUCAAGAAGAACGAUAAAACUUACGAUCCUGGCAAUAGCGAAGUAUUCAAGAUGAUCCAGGAGAUGGACAAAGCGCCGAAGGAACCCGAGCCAGGUAUUGACAUUGAUCCAGCCGACGCCUCGCCGGCCCAGAAGGGCCUGGCAUCUCGCACGAUUCAGUCUCGCACCUUCCAGCGCAUUCAUCAGCAAGCCCUUCGGUCUUUAGAAAGUUCAGCGUCUUCAAAUCCAACAUCACCCCUCCUAUCCCCCAAUACUAGCAUGGAAGAUCGCCAUCAACAUAUGGCUCAUUCGGCUACUCCGACCCACAAGCCAAUGUCGUUCAAUUCUCCCGUUUCCAUGGCGGUCAACAAUUUCGGUGGCGGGGCUCUUUCCCCGAGUGCUCAUCAUCCUCCACCAGUGGGUGGCGUCCGAAUUUUCCCGGUGGCACCGGCUCCAGCUCCGGCCAAGCCGCAAGUCAAGUUCGACGAAUCGGUUGAGGAAGUCAAAGUGGAAAACACCGUCAGUUCCAUGAUGGGCACCGUCAUUUCUUCUUCCUCUUCUUGCUUCAACAGCAGCACUGUCACCACCAUUGAGGAGACUGUGGCCACUUCGACCACCAGCCUGACCUCUCACGAGCCGGCUGCUAUUCAAGGCCCAGCUCCUCCGGCUGUCAAAUCCGUCUCGUUCACUCCGGCCGCUCGUCCAUCAGAGCCGGCGAGUGGCAAUCGGGUGGUUUGGCCACCGGUGCCGUCUGAGCCGGAAGAACCCCACCGGAAUGUGGCUUUGCCUGCUGCUUUCGAACCCCCUUCACCCUUGCCAACGAUGCAACAAAAUCCUUUUGCCUCUCUCACUGCUACUGCUGCUACUGGGGUUGUCGAUAGCGACGGAAUUCCUUUUGCCCUUGACGGUUUAACUCCUUCGCCCUUUGCUGCUGCUGCUGUACCCGCUGAACUUGUUGUCGAACCACCGACACCCGUGGCAGACGUCCCUCCUCCUCUUGUCCCUACACCGGUGGUAGAAGUUCCCGUUCGUAUGCCCAGUCCGAUCCCGUCCACGUUGACGGGACUCAAGGCCAGUCCCAUUAGUGUCUUAGGCUAUGGUGGUGGUGGUGAUGAUGGAGGCAAGCCAACAGAUUUUGGUCAAAUGCUACAACAACAACAACAGCAACAACAUCAUCAUCAUCACGAACCAUCCAACCCCGGUCUCGCAGGCUUUGGCUCGGCGGCAGCUGUGGCUGCAUCGGCGGCGAUGGCGGCCCAGGCCCAGCAUCAACAACAACAAGCCCUACCACCUCAGCUACCACCUCAAAUGCCCCAACAGCCACCCAAAGGUGCCGGCUCCGGGAUCCAAUCGGCGCCCAGACGUGGCAAAGGUGUCCUCAAUCAACAAGUGGCCGCUGGAGCUCGCGUUCCCGUUUGCGCUUCUUGCAAGGCCCAAAUUCGAGGCAAGUUCGUGACGGCUUUGGGGCAGACGUGGUGUCCUAACCAUUUCAGCUGCGCUAUGCCGGAUUGCAAACGUGAGCUGCACGAUAUUGGAUUCGUCGAAGAAAAGAAGCAACUCUACUGCGAGGGAUGUUUCGAGACUCACCUGGCUCCCAACUGCUCCCGCUGUUCAAAACGCGUUAAAGGCGAUUGUUUGAAUGCCAUUGGCAAGCAAUUCCAUCCCGAGUGCUUCUCCUGUACUUACUGCGGAUCACUUUUCGGCAAUAGUCACUUUUAUCUUGAGGAUGGCCUCCCUUACUGCGAAGCCGAUUGGAAUGAGCUGUUUACCACCAAGUGUUACGCUUGUGGAUACCCGAUCGAAGCCGGUGAUCGCUGGGUGGAGGCUAUGAACAACAAUUACCACAGCCAAUGCUUCAACUGUUCGGUUUGCAAGAAGAAUUUGGAGGGACAGAGCUUUUUGGGCAAAAGUGGUCGACCCAUGUGCAAAAGCCACGCCCGCUAAAUAUUCAACAAUUGAAAAAACAAAACAAAAAGAAAACGAUGGAAUUGUUCCUUUUUGUUUGUUUUUGGAUGGGACACUCGGCGGAUAUUCUUCUUUUUGGUAGGGAAAAGAAAGGGGGAAACAAAAAUACUAUAUGCGAUUUUAUUAUUUUUUAGUCAAUACCACCAACAAAUGGAUACGUCCCAUUACGAUUGUGAUCGGACGUUGUGUCUUUAUAAUCUUUCUAUUAUUCUAUAUUAAAUAAUAAUACCCAGUUCCUUUUAAAAAAACAAAUGGCGCUUCCUCCCCUAAUUUUUUCUCUUUU